CGCAGUAGGCAGGCGGAGAGCCUUCGGCGAACCUUCGGGAGGCGGCGGUUCUUGCCUUCUUGGUGCCGUCUCUGCAGCGGGCGGGGAUAAUUGAUAAGGGCGCUGGCGUGCUCUUGAGUCUUGACUCGCCGGGGUGGGGCUGUCGCGGCGGCUGGAUUUUGGAUUGGACUCGGUUCAUCCUCCCCGGUCACGGCGGCGGCGGUUCAGGGCAUGAUAGAAGUCAAUGAGUAUCAGUAAAAUGCUUGUGUUGAUAUCAUAAGUGCAAGCUGAAGUUAUCGAGCUGACAGCACUACGGCAGAUAUAAUACUUUGAGAAUCUCAAAUGAGUUGCUUUUCUAUCUUCUGCAAGAAGAGAAGAACAAGGCGCCUACCAAGUUCCCACCAUAAUGAAGACGUCCCUGGUGGCCCAAAUAUAAAACGAUACACUUAUAGGGAGCUAGUAAGGGCAACACAAAACUUUAGCCCAUCAAACAAGAUUGGUGAGGGUGGUUUUGGUUCGGUGUACAAGGGACAGCUUAAGAAUGGAACAAUUAUUGCUGUCAAGGUUCUUUCGUCAGAGUCAAGACAAGGAGUAAGGGAGUUUCAGAAUGAACUUGUGGCAAUUUCUGACAUCUCACAUGAUAAUCUUGUGAAACUUUAUGGGUAUUGUACGGAAGGAGAUCAAAGAAUCCUUGUUUACAAUCAUAUUGAAAAUAAUAGCCUUGCACAAACACUUCUAGGUUCCAACCACAGCAAUAUCCAGUUCAAUUGGCAAACUCGAGUGAAUAUUUGCCUUGGAAUUGCACGGGGACUAGCAUACCUCCAUCAUGGUGUAAAUCCCCACAUUGUUCAUCGAGACAUCAAAGCAAGCAAUAUACUUCUUGAUAGGGAUCUUACCGCAAAAAUCUCUGAUUUUGGUCUAGCAAAGCUUCUUCCACCAAAUGCAACACAUGUUAGCACAAGAGUUGCAGGAACACUAGGCUAUUUGGCUCCUGAAUAUGCUAUUAGAGGACAAGUGACACGUAAAUCAGAUGUUUACAGUUUUGGGGUUCUGCUUCUGGAAAUAGUUAGCGGGAGAUCCAACAGCGAUACAAGAUUAGCAUAUGAAGAUCAGAUACUCCUUGAAAAGUUCCCAGAGAUCACCAAUGGGGUUCUCCUCUUGCAGACAUGGAUUUAUUAUGAGCAGGGAGAUUUGAAGAAAAUCAUAGACAGCUCUUUGGGUGAUGACUUGGACGUCGCACAGGCUUGCAGGUUCCUGAAAAUCGGGCUCUUGUGCACACAAGAUGUCACAAGACACCGGCCUGAUAUGUCAAAGGUCAUUGCCAUGCUUACAGGUGAAACUGAUGUUGAGUCAGAGAAGAUCAGCAAGCCAGCUAUAAUUAGCGACUUCAUGCAUCUCAAGGUCAGGAGCAUGAGGAAACCAAUCGAAAUUGCGACAGCGUCCACAUUCCUGUCCUCCCUGAAUGCACACUCUUCUCCUAUGCUGUCUAACGAGACGACAGAGACCUCCAUGAUAUCCACUGGUGUAUCGGAUCGGGAGUAAUCCAUUCGUCUGUGAAGAAACAGAUUGUUAGUGAAGUGAGUUGGUUGCAGGUACGAAACACAUGUAGACAGUAGCAUAGGUGGACACCUUGUCCAGAAGUUUACCAGCUGGUUUCUUUUUUCAUGUAUAGAUUUAAUUGCUUCAUUUGUAGCCUGAACAUCAUUGUUGAGCCAAAGGAGUACAUAUGAGGGAACAACUUUUGUAUGUACAAUACUGUGGAUUGAUUACACAUUUUCAUUGUACAUGUACAACUUGUUUUUGGGUGGUAAACUAAUUUGCAAUUGAUUCAAGUCUUUGUCAGUACAAACACAUACAUAAUAGCCUGGAUGUAUAUACUAAUCCAGAGUUACAGAUUUCAAGGCAAA